AUGUCGACCAAGGAACGAGAGGUGAUCUCGAAGGACAACUUUAAUGAAGAAGACAAGGAGAAGUUCUUCGCCAACUUGGACGACGAAGUGACGGAGAGAAAACUCCGGCAGGUCUGGAGCAAUUUGAGUGGCCUUUGGUUCGUUCAUAGUAAGAUGUCAACCUGGGAAGAGCCAUAUCAAGAACGCAAGCUUGGCCUUUUGCCAAGGUCGCGGGAGUCUGGCGAAAGCGUUUUGGCUAGACAUGAUAUAGCAGCUUUUUGCUGCAAGGGCUGCAAAGAUAUUGAUGACUUCUCCCCAGGGCAAGACAACUUCAGUUGUGCGCGAUUAGCUGGAGGCUUUCGCCUGCAUUGUAUUGCUGAUGGUCAUGGGCCAGGGGGUCAUUGGGUCUCGGAUCGCGUGGUGCGGAUACUCCCGUAUUUUUUAAGCUCCCGGGAUUGCCGAAGUUUGCUGUGCAAGGGUGAGGUGGAGUCUGCAUUGAAUUCUGCCUUUGAACGGAUGGAAGAAGACCUGGAGUCUGCCGCGGAACAAGAUGACAUCAAUUUGCUCGUGGCUGGGACCACGGUGGUUUGUAUUCUCCGGCAAAUCCACAGCCCCAUCGUUUGGGUCGCUUGCGUUGGGGACUCCCGUGCGAUUCAUCUUUGUGGCGAUGGCAAGGUGUCUUUCUCAACCAACGACCAUAAGCCUUCCAAUCCUGUCGAGCGUGAGCGCGUUAUCCGACAUGGCUGUGAAAUCACCGUCAGCGCGGCGGAGAAUGGAGAGGAACUGGAGAAGAUUUGCGUGGAGGGAGAACGUGGAAGAGUGCCGGAGCUUGGCUUUACUCGAUCCUUGGGCGAUUUAAUGUACAAAAGAUUCGGUGUGAUAGCUGAACCAGAGAUCUUCAAGCUGGAGAAGGAGCUUGACAGCUCGGGCCACUUCAUCCUAGCGAGCGAUGGUGUCUGGGAGUUUUUGAGCAGCGAUGACAUUGCCAAGAUCGUCCAGAGCAAGCUGGCCGUUGGCAUGCCGAAGGAAGCCAUUGUGAGAGAAGUGGCACAGGUUGCUCGAGCAAAGUGGAAGGAAGAGGACGAGUAUUGUGACGAUAUCUCUGUCAUUAUGGUUCCAACUGCACAGAAGACAGCUGCUCCACCAGCUCCAGAUGACAGCUGCUUGGGAGGUCUGAUUUACUGUUCUGAGGAAAUGCGAGCGCGGAUUGAGAAAUUGUUUGGUCCAUGA